CGUUGCUGCCAUCCCCAUUGCUGCCUAGACGGCUGGACUAUGCGGCCACGAUUCUUUUGGCACCUGUAUGGUCAUAUGCGGUGGCCCCGCCAUGUCCCGCUGGAGGCGGUUCUCUUCCAGGAGAUCGUAGCGACGCUUUGCGUUCUUCACCCGUUUCACGUCGACGAGGCGACGGGUUUGUUUGCGGUGCCGCCUCAGGCUCCCUUUGUCGAUCCAGAUUCCACACCUCCGUUGAACGAUGAGGAUGGCUCAGCGGCACUCGGCGGCACGCCGUGUUCGGGCGGCAACAACAUCGUGCGAGUGUGUGUGUGGGACGCGUGUCGGAGACGGUUGUACGCUCUCCGCGACGCUAUGGCCGGUCUGGGUGACCAUUGUGGACCGGUCAGCGACGUUAUUGAUCGGCUGCUGCACUGGUCCUUGCCUGCCAUCCAAGCGGGCCGGGAGUUUGGAGACGAGGUAGGAGAUGUGAUUUCUUCUUCGUUGCCAUCUCGGGUGUGCGGUCGAGAUUUCACGUUGUGUUAUAUGCCAGGCGAUUCCGGUGUUGACUAUGGUCAGGGGGGUUCGCAGGGUUCAGCGAGCGGAGGGUUGGGUGAGUCUCAUGAUGGAUCGCAGUUCAUGCAGUUCACGAAGAAGCGGCUAAAGGAGGCGUUGGAGCAGCGUUUUGGACCUGACAUCCUCACACCUGUUGAGGAGCGCCUGAAGAAAUCGGACUUCGUUGCUGUCGUCAUGCGAAAGAUGUACCCCUACGGAUCGAGGUUGAAUGCUCGAGCGUUGGAGACUGAUCCAGACGGCUUGACAGAGUAUCAUGCGCAUGAGGUUGGGAUGUGGUUCCUCCGCGCUUGCCAGCUGUGCAGGGAGGAGGGCGGAGACGCCGACAGUCUACACCGCCACAUCAUGUUGGUCGCCGAUCAUUGGGCUGGUGAUCAUUCGGGAUGUGUGGACGGUAGGGAGGUUCUGUGCGAGAAGGCCUGUGGGCGUGCACGAUUGCCUUUGUAUAGCUGCACGGACACGGUCUACGAGCUCGUUCUGCGUGUUCUCAAUAAACAAUGCAACACUAACAUCACGCCGUACUACGUCGAGUUUCUGCAUACAUCGGCGGUGGAGACUUUUCAGGGCACCAUCAUUAUCUAUGCGAAGAAGUCGGUGCAUUUUGAGAAGUCUUUCUGUGCACGUUUGUCGAUCGCAGUGAUUCGGUGGAACAGUCACUGCUGGUGCGACCCGGUCGGGUAUGUUGCUCGCAUUGCUGCGGGCACUUCCAUACAUGCGAGACCAGGCUUCCGUCGACACUACGGUCACGAGGCGAUCGACUGUUGGGAGGACAGAUUGGCGGAGUCAGUGUUCGGUUCGGCUCAUGUUUCAGACUGGGGCUCGAGAGCUUCUGCGGCAGGAGGUUUGUCCUUAUGGAGUCGGGCCAUUGCCGCGUGAUUUGUUCGUCAACGGUGGGGGCGACGCAGUGGAAGUUGUUGAUGAUGCUGCCUCAAAUUCCGAC